UUGCAACCGCAAAAUCAAUUGGGAUAAGGCUGCAUAUGAGGGACUCAUAUUUGAGAUGCAAAGAAAUGGAUCAACCCCAAUAAAACAAUUGCGGCAGUAAAGCCCUAAAACCUCCCAGCCACUACAGCGAACCUUCAUCCAAAGGGAGAACUUCCGCACAUGAGCUUUGCCCAUUGCCAGCUACAUUUCCAAUCGAUUCACACUCAGAGACCAAUCUUCAAAGCAUAACUGGUUUUUAGGAGCAGGGUCAGUCCAAGAUCUUUCAUUUUUAUCAUGCAGAAGUUCAUAAAAACUUCCCUUCAUCAGGGAAGCUGUAUUUUCUUCUAUAGCGACGCGUAGGUCAUGGAUGUAAAGCUCUCUUCAGCUGCAGGCGUCACACCUUCUCCGCAGGUGCAACCAGCAAAUCCUUAAUCGCUCCUUCAAUGUCGCUUGCCCAGCGGCUAUUGACCAACACCACUAGUAGUUGCCUCACCAUUAUGAACAAGGCAUUUCAGAAUUGUUCAGCAAUCCAGCUACAAUUUCCAGCCUUUGGAAGCAUAUCAAAAUUUGAGAAUCUGCCUUGCCAAGCUAGGACAUGUGUGGUGUAUAGAGGAAUUCCAUCUAGAGUAUUUGCCUCAAAAUUUGAGCCAAAGUUAUUUUAUACUGUGCUGCCUAAACGUAGAAUGGGGGUACAAUGUAAUGAAGCUUUUGUGAAUGUCAUCAGUUUUGGUUCAAUGGGUAGAUUGGGUUCACGGUCCUUUUCUCAUUUCCCUAGGAAAGCAAUCUCAGAGAGGAAAUAUGCUCAGAGUCCCCAUGACGCUGACAACAAGGAUGUGAAUCUAGAGAAUUCAAGUUUACCUGCUAGCAACAAACAAUCACCUAUAACUAAAGGGAAGGUGAAGAAACAACCAAGAAGCAAAAAGGGUAAUAGUGGAUCUACUGAUGUGAAGGAAGAUAUUCCUCAACAGAAGAAGAAAGCUACAAAAAAGAACCAAUCUCCUGCCAUUUUAGAGAUUAGCUCAACUGUCAUAUCAGAAGUAUCUGAUGGAAAUGUUUUGGGAAAGCAGCAAUCUACCUUUUCUAAGAAAAGCAACAUCACAAAGGAAAAGGCAAAUAAGGAUGCCACUGCUCUUGUAAAUUCAGACAAGGCGGAUAACUUUUCAUCAACUAGUAACUUGGAACAAAACCAAAGUUUAAACCCGGGCAGCAAAGCCAAGUCUCGAGUUCAGAAAGUGUGGCCAAAAUUAUACCCACCCACCAAUAAAUCUGUAUUGGUGGUGGAAUCUGUCACUAAAGCAAAGAUUAUUCAGGGAUAUCUUGGGGACAUGUUUGAAGUACUGCCUAGUUAUGGCCAUAUUAGGGACUUGGCCGCCAGGUCAGGAUCUGUCCGACCCGAUGAUGACUUUAGCAUGGUGUGGGAGGUCCCCCCUGCUGCAUGGACUCGCCUUCUUGCUAUCAAAGGGGCAUUAAGUGGAGCCAAGAAUAUAGUUCUUGCUUCAGACCCUGACCGUGAAGGGGAAGCUAUUGCCUGGCACAUUAUAGAGAUGUUGCAGCAACAGGAUGCUUUACGUGAUGAUAUCACCGUGGCAAGGGUUGUUUUUAAUGAAAUAACUGAGUUGUCCAUAAAAAAUGCCCUCCAGGCCCCGAGGGAGAUUGAUGUGAAUUUAGUGAAUGCUUAUCUUGCUCGACGUGCUCUUGAUUACUUGAUUGGUUUCAACAUCUCUCCAUUGUUAUGGAGGAAACUUCCUGCCUGCCAAUCAGCCGGCCGGGUUCAGUCUGCUGCUCUUGCACUAAUAUGUGAUAGGGAAAUGGAAAUUGACAAAUUUGAGCCACAGGAGUACUGGACAGUUGAUGUUGAAUUCAGCAAAAAAGACUGUCCAACUUCAGCUAACAACUUAUGUUUCUCAUCAUACCUAACACACUUUGACUCUCAAAAGUUAAAUCAGCACUCUAUUCGUUCUCAAUCAGAGGCAAAUGACAUUGAAAAGAAGAUCACUUCAACGGUGUUUAAUGUUCUUAGCUCCAAGAGGACCAAGAAGCAGAAAAACCCGCCUCCUCCAUAUAUAACCUCAACGCUCCAGCAAGAUGCUGCUAACAGAUUGGGUUUCACUUCCACAUAUACGAUGAGGUUAGCUCAAAAGCUGUAUGAGGGUAUCCAGUUGUCUGAUGGUAAUGCAGCAGGAUUGAUAACUUAUAUUAGAACUGAUGGAUUACAUGUUUCAGAUGCGGCGGCAAAGGGCAUUCAAUCAUUUGUUAGGGAAAGAUAUGGACAGAGUUUUGCAUCCAAAACUCCUCGUACAUAUUUCAGGAAGGUGAAGAAUGCACAAGAGGCCCAUGAAGCCAUAAGGCCUACUGAUAUCUCUAGGCUUCCUUCAGUGCUUUCUGGAGUAAUAGAUGAAGAUUCACUGAAGCUAUACACACUCAUCUGGUCACGCACAUUGGCAUGCCAAAUGGAACCAUCCACCAUAGAACAAUUAGUGCUUGAUAUUGGGAAAUCUGAUCAAUCUAUUAUUUUCCGUUCUACAUGCUCGAAUGUUGAGUUUAGAGGCUACAAGGCUGUGUAUGAGGACCAAGAAACAAAUUCCAUACAGAAAGAGGAAGAUGGGGAUGAUUUCCAUACUCAUAGAUUUGAGGUUCUAAGUGGUUUGAAGGUGGGGGACCCACUGUUUCUAGGUAAAACAGAACUUAAUCAACAUCAUACUCAGCAUCCGCUGCGCUACUCUGAGGGCAGUUUGGUCAGGAAGAUGGAGGAGCUUGGUAUUGGAAGACCUUCUACUUAUGCGUCCACAAUAAAAGUGUUAAUGGAUAGAAAUUAUGUGACGGUAAAAAGCAGGGUAUUAUUUCCUGAGUUUCGGGGCCGUAUGGUGUCAGCAUUUCUGUCACAUUAUUUUUCUGAGGUGGCGGAUUAUUGUUUCACCGCUGAUAUGGAGACCGAGCUUGAUAAUGUGUCGGCUGGAUUGACUGAAUGGAAAGGUCUGUUAAAAGAUUAUUGGUCUAGAUUUAGUAAGUACUGUGAACAUGCCAGUAAUGUUCACAUCCAUCAGGUGGAGAAGAUGUUGGAGAAAACAUAUGGUGACUUUUUAUUUGCAUCUCUCAAUUCUAGGACAUGCCCUAGAUGUGAGGAAGGAACUUUAGGAUUUAAAGUCAGCAGGUUUGGUGCAGGAUAUUUCAUAGGCUGUGAUCAACACCCUAAGUGCAAGUAUAUCGCAAAGACACUAUAUGGUGAGCAGGAAGAAGAAACUACAUCUGAUGACAAUACCAAGAGUAUGGAUGAGCAAAUAUUGCUGGGUAUCCAUCCUUCUUCCAGUGAAAAGGUUUUUGUUAAGAAUGGUCCAUAUGGAUACUAUGUUCAGCUUGGAGAAGACACUGCAGGCCACACCCCCAAGCGAUCAUCACUAUCACAAGUAAAGGAUGUGAGCUCAAUAACCUUGGAAUAUGCCCUGGAUAUGCUGCGCUAUCCUGUAACUUUGGGGAAGCAUCCAAUUGAUGGGAAAGAUAUAAUUAUGAGAGUUUCACUAGAAGGAUUUAAAAUCAGACAUAAGCGCACGAUUGCUACACUACCCAAGAGCAUCAAUCCGAAAGAUGUAACUGUGGAAGUAGCCUUGAAGCUUUUGUCAGCAGACAAUGUGAAGAUACUUGGACGAAAAAAGGUCUUGGUAAAGGCAGUCGAGGAAGCUACUGAAGUCUUCAUGUAGGUUGGCAAUCUCACAUUGCUGAUUUCUAUGCCAGCAUAUAAAAGACACUCAAGUAGCAUUUUUGUAGCGGUAAAAUCCAUUAAAUGUACCUCUUUAUCUGUCAGAAAUAUAUCAUUUAUUCAAUUUUAAUAUUAUUUCGAACCUGAAAUUGUUGCAAUGUUCAUAAGUAUUGUACUAGCUUCCUAGACGUGCCCGAACACUAAUUUUUUAUGCACACUUCUAACCUACUAUAGUAUAUAUGUCCGUCAUAAUGUUAACGUUCUUGAUUGGGAUGUGACUCGAACUUUUAAACUCUUAUUUGAUAGUUUUGUUUGUUAUCA